AUGGUGCAACCAUAUAAGUCGCGUAAUGGUCUGGCGGACUAUUCACUACCCGGAGGGGUAGUUGUUAGCCAGAUCAUAUCGACUGAAGCAUUGGAAUUCUGGACACCCUCACUCUCUGAUCUACUCCGAUUAUUCGUCAAUCUGGUACCUGAAACAUCCUCAAUUGGCUUUCGGGCACCGCUGUCUGAAGAGGACGCUUCCGCCUAUUGGACAUCGCUCUCGUCAGACAUCUCAGGAACCGACCCUUUGGUCUAUCUCUUCGUCGUCAAGGAUUCUGCCAAAUCAAACGACAAUAAUACUUUAGCGACCUUUCAGCUCGGGCAGAAUCCCAAAGAGACGCAUAAGCACAAGAUCGAGGUUCGCCCGCGAUGGCCUCGGAAAGACAAUGAUGUUACUAGACACGGCCAGUGA